CUGAUUUUGUCGAGUUGAAUAAAGCAACAUUAGUUCUUUGAAUACAUGAUAAUGAGUGCCAGUGAUUCAGCCAGACGAAUUCGACUCGACCUUGAUAAACAGGUAUCGAUCAAACCUCAGAUUCAUUUAGAGGAAGAGCUGUUUUAUGCCGACAAGGACCACAAGAUUGCCCAUGGCCACGGUGAUGAAGAAUAUUCUUAUGGAGUUAUUAGGAGGGUACGAGCCAUGUCAGUUAUGGCUGCUCGACCACUAGUACCGCCUGUUCACAUGGGGAUAUUUCAGGAAAUCCAUCAACCCUCUCCUACUCCUGUUCAAAGUAUUCACAAACGUCGUAGCUCUCAUGAUGCCUCGUCGGUAAAGGAUCGUCGGUUUCUUAUCGAUGUCGAGAAAACAAAACAGGCAAUUCUUGCUCAAGAAGACACAGACGGGGACUGUCAAAUAACAAUUUACGAUACAGGUCCAAAAUCAUUCAUUGUCGGAACAGCAGACUCUGGAGGAUUCCAUAAAUUUGAAAUCCGAGGAACUUAUGCGCUUUCAAAUUUACUGCAAGAAUUGGCACUUGCAUCCGAGUAUGGUCGAAAGACUAUUGUUCUGAAUGAAGCUCGCAUCAAUGAAAAUCCAGUUGAUCGCAUGAGUAGGCUCAUCAAAUAUCACUUUUGGGACGGACUUACUCGUCGUAUUGAUGCAGAUGGACUUGAGAAAAUCUGUGCUGACCCAAAAAAUCGCGGUCAAGACCAGCGCAGCCGUAUCUAUGUUCCAUUUCAUGAUGCUUUUGCACUAGAGUAUUAUAACACUAUUGCUAAAGAAAGGUUACAUCUGGGAUUGGAUGUAGUGCAGCUUCCUGAAAUCAUAUCACCCGAGUACGUGAAAUCUCUCGAUACGUCGCCUGGAAUCCUUUCCCUGUCGCUACGCAAACAGGUAGACUCUGCCACAGGCGAAAUUGUUGUUCGUGGUGCACCAUUUGUUGUCCCUGGUGGAAGGUUUAAUGAAAUGUAUGGCUGGGACAGCUACUUUGAAGCACUAGGUCUAGCUGAAGAUGACCGUAUUGAGCUUGCUAGAGGAAUGAUAGAAAAUUUCCACUACGAGCUUGAACAUUAUGGAAAGAUUCUUAAUGCCAACCGAUCUUAUUAUCUCACUCGAUCUCAGCCGCCUUUUCUCACCGACAUGACAAUUCAAGUGUACAACAAACUUGUUACUAAAGGAACAUGGGAACCCAAAACACUUCAUGCGUGGAUGAUUCAGAGCAUCAAGGCAGCUAUCAAGGAGCUGCUGGGUGUAUGGAUGGUUUCUCCACGUCUUGACGCUACUACGGGAUUAUACAGAUAUUACACUGAAGGUGUCGGAAUGCCUCCAGAAACCGAAAGCUCUCAUUUUGAUCACAUUAUUCGUCCAUUUGCUGAUCGACGUAACCUGUCAAUUGAAGAAUAUACUACUCUAUACAACAACUUGGAAAUCUCUGAACCUGAACUUGAUCAGUACUUUGUACAUGAUCGUGCCGUACGCGAAAGCGGUCAUGACACCACAUACCGGUUUGAAAAACGCUGUGCAAAUCUUGCCACUGUCGAUUUGGCGAGUUUGAUUUACAAAUACCAAAAAGAUAUUGGGGUAUUGAUAGAUACACACUGCAAAUCAGAAACAGAUGCAUCACCUGAUUUUUUCAUUGUAAAGCUACCAGCACGUAUAUUCACUGAAAUGGCCAGCCAUACACAAACUAAAAUCACAAAGUAUCUUUGGUCGCCGACUGACAAGAUGUUUUUUGAUUGGGACUGUGAACUUCACGAACAAUCAGUAUACGAAACUGUGACCUGUCUCUGGACAUUAUGGGCUGGCUGUGCUACACCUCAACAGGCUGAAGUUAUGGUACCCACUGUUUUAUCAAAGUUUGAAGCGGUUGGAGGGUUAGUUUCUGGAACAGAGGAAUCGCGCGGAACCAUUAGUCUCGAUCGACCCAAUCGACAAUGGGAUUUUCCUUUUGGGUGGGCUCCUCAUCAGAUAAUGGCUUGGGCUGGGCUGAAACAGUACGGAUACUCGAUUGAUGCUCGCCGUAUUUGCUACCGAUGGCUAUAUGUUCUCACCAAAAGCUUUGUUGAUUUCAAUGGUGUCGUGUCCGAGAAACUUGAUGUGGUGAACAUGACACAUAAAAUAGACGUCGAGUAUGGAAAUGUUGGUGCCGAUUUUCAAUUUGUCGUUAGAGAAGGAUUUGGAUGGAUGAAUGCUAGCUACCAGGUUGGACUCACUUAUUUGAACGAGUCGAUGCGACGAGCGUUGGGGGCUUUGACACCUCCAGAUCAGCUAUUCCGGAAAUUAGGAAUAUGAUGAUUAUAAAGCAUCAAUGAAACCAAUUUAUAUCCAAU